AUGCGCGCAGGCACAGCGGCGGCGGGGGGGAGGGGGGUAGCAGGGGCGGGGAGGCAGGGACAACCGGGCAUGGGGGGAGUGCGGCGGCCAGCAACAGGAGCAGGCAGCGUAGGCAGUACGGGCAUGAGGGGCAGCAUAGGCGGGAGGAGUGCGAGCAUGGAGGUGGCGCGUGCGCGGCUGCUGGCAGAAGACGCGGUGCUCACAGACGCCAUCCUCACGGGCGCCCUCAUGCCGCCCCCCGCCUCCUCCUCCUCCUCCGCCUCCCUGCGCUUCCCCCAGCGCGCGCAGCAAGGCAGCACUGCCAGUGCUAGCAGCAACGGCGGUGGUAUGGUGGGUAGCAGCGUGGGCGGCAGUCACAGCAUCAGCGUGGUGAUUGGGCGGCGCAGCGUUGACGGCAGCAGCAGCGGCGUGAGCGGCGGGCAGGGCGGCAUGGGGCAGGGCGGCAUGGGGCAGAGCGGCGGGCAGGGCGGCAUGGUUCAGGGCGGCAUGGGUCAGGGCGGCAAAGGGUUGAGCAGGCAGAGCAGCAAUGCCUCCCACAGGCUCAGCAGCAGCAGCAGCACGGGCAUGCGAGCCGCAAGCAGCACACGCAACACCACUCCCACCACCCCCACCACUCCCACCACCCCCACCCGCGCCACUGCACCCACCACCCCCACAACCCCCACGGCUACCAGCAUUGCAUCAGCAGCAGGCAGCCCCCUCCACAGCACCGCCACCACCCCCACGGGCGGCAGCGGCAGAAGCAGCGGCAGCGGCAGCGGCAGGAGCCCGGCGCGGCUGCCAGCAGGGCAGCGGUCGCGCGUGUUCACCCCCGCAGACCUCGCCCGCGCCACCGACAACUUCCACUCGUCCCGCCUGGUGGGGUCGGGUGCGUAUGGCCCCGUGUUCCGCGGGGCCAUCCACGGCUGUGACGUGGCCGUCAAGCGCCUAAGGGCGCGCGAGGGGCUGCUGCGCGCAGCGAGGGCCGAGAGGCGUUCAAGCGCGAGGACCUCUCGCUUGUCUAUGAGUUCAUGGCGGGGGGGAGCCUGCAGCACCGCCUGGCAGCGCAGCACAAGCGGGGCGCGCAGGAGCAGGAGAAGGCAGGGAGCAGCGGCGGCAAGUCGCCGUCCUUCUCCUCUUCCUCCUCCUCCGGCCAGCUCUCCUCCCUUUCCCCCAUGUCCCCUUCCCCCCCCCGCCUCCCCCAUCGCCUCGUCGCCAUCCCCCCUGCCUUGGCACGACCGGCUGCGGAUUCUCUCCGAGGUGGCCUCGGCGCUGCUGUACCUGCACCGCUGCUCGCCGCCCAUCGUGCACCGCGACUUAAAGCCCGACAACAUCCUUCUCGACGCGCACGGCACCAGCAAGAUCGCGGACGUGGGGCUCGCAUGCCUGUUACGGGACGGCAGCACGGUGGUAACCACACACCGCAUGCGUGGCACCGUGGGAUUCAUCGACCCGGAGGCCAUUGCAUGUGGCGAGCUCUCCCCCGCCUCCGAUGUGUAUGCGCUGGGGGUGGUGGCGCUCAUGCUGCUCACCGGUGCCGACUCCCCCAAGCACGUGCACCGCCUGCUCGCCCUCUGCCCCACCACCAUCUCCUCCCCACCACCCCCCUCCCCCACCACCCCUCACGCCACCGCUGGCACCGACGCCGACUGCGACCCGCCUCUGACGCCCAGGAGCGCCCUGCCGGCUGUGCCCACACGCGACCUUCCCCAGUCAGUGGCCAUCCUGCUGCCGCACCUUGACACGCUGGCGGGCGCGUGGCCUGCUGACGUGGCGCAGCGGGUGCUGCGGGUGGCAGUGCGGUGUGUGGAGCGGGAUGCGCGCAUGCGGGCGGACCUGGCGGGGGAGGUGGUGCCCGCGUUCAGCGAGGCGGCCGCUGCUGGCCGGGCCGAUGUAACUCGGCGCAGUGAUGCCCUCGAAAGCACUCUUGUUUGCCCGCUGUCCAAGCAACGCAUGGAGGACCCAGUGAUAGCAGCGGACGGGUUCACAUACGAGCGGCGCCACAUGGAGGCGUGGCUGGCGUCGUCGCUCCUCUCGCCCUCCACCGGCCAGCCCCUCCCCCACCCGGGGCUCACCCCCAAUCACCUCCUGCGCUCCAUCAUCCUCGGCUCCCAGGGCAACCAGGCCUCCCGCAACUGA